AGCAAGAAGGCGACGACACAGUACAUUGACCUUGCAUCUGCUUUCAUGGCGUGGAAACUUCUUCUCCUAGUCUGCUACGUUUUUCUUCUUGGAUUUGCAUCAUCAUCCGAUUUUUCUGGAAUAUCGCUUCCAUCUUCCUCAUCCGCCUCGCCGAAAGUCUCUCUGGGCUUCUACUACGAGUCUCUAUGUCCGUACUGUUCUUCCUUCCUAGUUAACCACCUCCCGAAGCUCUUCGAAGACGAUCUCAUAUCCAUCGUCGAUCUCCAUCUUUCUCCGUGGGGCAACACCAAGCUCCGCCCCGAUAACGCCACUGUCGUUUGCCAGCAUGGGGCAUAUGAAUGCUUCCUGGAUACCGUAGAAGCUUGUGCAAUCGAUGCUUGGCCUAAACUGAGCGAUCAUUUCCCGUUCAUCUACUGUGUCGAGAGUUUGGUGACUGAACACAAGUACGACGAGUGGGAGACUUGUUAUGAGAAGCUCAAUCUGAACUCAAAACCUGUUGCCGAUUGCCUCAGCAGUGGACAUGGAAACGAGCUUGAGUUGCAGUAUGCUGCAGAAACGAGUGCACUUGAGCCUCCUCAUAAAUACGUGCCCUGGGUAGUCGUGGAUGGUCAGCCACUUUAUGAGGACUAUGAAAACUUCAUAAGUUACAUCUGCAAUGCUUACAAAGGUAAUAAAGUGCCUGGCGCGUGUGCCAAAUACUCGUCCCGCAAUUUCGUUCGCAGUGUCAAAGUGAAUCGCUUCCCUCUGGUUUGCCGGAACGGAGUCAACACGAUGUGGGAUUUGUUGGAACGUAUCAAAGCCUCUUUAUCGUCACACAUCGACAUCACAGGCCUGCUAUAG